CUAUGGAGACCAAAGGCUACCACAGUCUCCCUGAAGGUCUAGAUAUGGAAAGACGGUGGGGUCAAGUUUCUCAGACUGUGGAGCAAUCUACCCUGGGAUCUACAGAGAGGACCGAUGAGAACAGCUACAUGGAGAUUGUCAAUGUGAGCUGUGUUUCCGGUGCUAUUCCAAACAACAGUACUCAAGGAAGCAGCAAAGAAAAACACGAACUACUCCACUGCCUUCAGCAAGACAGUAAUCGGUCUGGGAUUGUAACAUCUGAUAUUAAAACUGAGCUGGAGGCCAAGGAACUUUCAGCAACUGUAGCUGAAUCUAUGGGUUUAUACAUGGAUUCCAUAAGGGAUGCUGACUAUACAUAUGAUCCACAGAGCCAACAAGGCAGUGUGAGUCCAGCCAAGAUUUAUCAAAAUGUUGAGCAGCUGGUAAAAUUUUACAAAGAAAACGGCCAUCGCCCUUCCACUCUCAGUAGUGUGAGCAGACCCUUGAGGUCAUUUAUGCCUGACUCUGGGAGCUCCAUGAAUGGUGGGGUCAUGCGCGCCAUUGUUAAAAGCCCCAUCAUGUGUCAUGAGAAGAGCCCCUCGGUUUGCAGCCCUCUGAACAUGCCGUCUUCGGUCUGCAGCCCUGCUGGCAUCAACUCUGUAUCCUCCACCACAGCCAGCUUUGGAAACUUCCCAGUGCACAGCCCUAUCACCCAGGGAACUCCUCUGACAUGCUCUCCUAACGUGGAAAAUCGAGGCUCCAGGUCGCACAGCCCCAUACACGCUAGCAAUGUGGGCUCUCCUCUCUCAAGUCCAUUAAGUAGCAUGAAAUCCCCGAUUUCCAGCCCUCCAAGCCAUUGCAGUGUAAAAUCUCCGGUCUCCAGCCCUAAUAAUGUCACUCUGCGAUCCUCUGUGUCUAGCCCUGCAAAUAUCAACAACUCAAGGUGCUCUGUUUCCAGCCCUUCCAACACAAAUAACAGAUCCACGCUUUCCAGCCCAACAGCCAGCACUGUGGGAUCUAUCUGUAGCCCUAUAAACAAUGCCUUCAGCUACACUGCUUCUGGCUCCUCUACUGGAUCCAGUGCAAGCCGGGAUGUGGUUCCAAGUCCAGACACACACGAGAAAGGUGCUCAAGAGGUCCCUUUUCCCAAGACUGAGGAAGUCGACAGUGCCAUGUCCAACGGUGUGUCGGGCCAGCUUAACCUUGUCCAGUACAUAAAACCAGAACCAGAUGGAGCCUUCAGCAGCUCAUGUCUAGGAGGGAAUAGCAAAAUAAAUCCAGAUUCUCCAUUCUCAGUACCGAUCAAGCAAGAAUCAACCAAGCAUUCGUGUUCUGGCACUUCUUUUAAAGGGAAUCCAACAGUAAACCCAUUUCCAUUUAUGGAUGGCUCGUAUUUUUCCUUUAUGGAUGAUAAAGACUAUUACUCUCUAUCAGGAAUUUUAGGACCACCUGUGCCGGGCUUUGAUGGUACCUGUGAAGGCAGUGGAUUCCCCAUGGGGAUUAAACAAGAACCGGAUGAUGGGAGCUACUACCCAGAGGCCAGCAUCCCUUCGUCUGCCAUAGUUGGUGUGAAUUCAGGUGGACAGUCUUUUCACUACAGGAUUGGUGCUCAAGGUACAAUAUCUUUAUCACGAUCGGCUAGAGACCAAUCUUUCCAACACUUGAGUUCCUUUCCUCCUGUCAAUACCUUAGUGGAGUCGUGGAAAUCGCACGGUGACCUGUCAUCUAGAAGAAGUGAUGGGUAUCCGGUCCUAGAAUACAUUCCAGAAAACGUGUCAAGCUCUACUUUACGAAGUGUUUCUACUGGAUCCUCAAGACCUUCCAAAAUAUGUUUGGUGUGUGGGGAUGAGGCUUCAGGAUGUCAUUAUGGGGUAGUAACCUGUGGCAGCUGCAAAGUUUUCUUCAAAAGAGCAGUGGAAGGUAAAUGUUCAUGGCAACACAACUAUUUAUGCGCUGGAAGAAAUGAUUGCAUCAUUGAUAAGAUUCGGCGAAAGAAUUGUCCUGCCUGCAGACUUCAGAAAUGUCUCCAAGCUGGAAUGAACUUAGGAGCUCGGAAGUCCAAGAAGCUGGGCAAGUUAAAAGGCAUUCACGAGGAGCAGCCGCAGCAGCCCCCGCCCCCGCCGCCGCCCCCGCAGAGCCCCGAGGAAGGGACCACGUACAUCGCUCCGGCCAAGGAGCCCUCGGUCAACAGCGCGCUGGUUCCUCAGCUCUCCACCAUCUCUCGAGCACUCACGCCUUCCCCUGCCAUGGUCCUCGAAAGCAUUGAACCUGAAGUUGUGUAUGCUGGCUAUGACAGCUCCAAACCAGACACCGCCGAAAAUCUGCUCUCCACGCUCAACCGCUUGGCUGGCAAACAGAUGAUCCAAGUGGUGAAGUGGGCAAAGGUACUUCCAGGAUUUAAAAACUUGCCUCUUGAGGACCAAAUUACCCUAAUCCAGUAUUCUUGGAUGUGUCUGUCAUCAUUUGCCUUGAGCUGGAGAUCGUACAAACAUACGAACAGCCAAUUUCUCUAUUUCGCACCAGACCUCGUCUUUAAUGAAGAGAAGAUGCACCAGUCUGCCAUGUAUGAGCUGUGCCAGGGCAUGCACCAGAUCAGCCUUCAGUUCGUUCGACUGCAGCUUACCUUUGAAGAGUACACCGUAAUGAAAGUCUUGCUGCUACUAAGCACAGUUCCAAAAGAUGGCCUCAAAAGCCAGGCUGCAUUUGAAGAAAUGAGAGCAAACUACAUCAAGGAGCUGAGGAAGAUGGUAACCAAGUGUCCCAACAACUCUGGGCAGAGCUGGCAGAGGUUCUACCAACUCACCAAGCUCCUGGACUCCAUGCAUGAUCUGGUGAGCGACCUGCUGGAAUUUUGCUUCUACACCUUCCGAGAGUCGCAGGCCCUGAAAGUGGAGUUCCCCGCCAUGCUGGUGGAGAUCAUCAGCGACCAGCUGCCAAAGGUGGAGUCGGGGAACGCCAAGGCCCUGUACUUCCACAGGAAGUGACCAGGGCGUCUUACAAGAAGAACUUUGCCUUAAGUUUCCCCGUGUGAGUCCACACCCACGAAGGACCCAAGAAACCAUGUUUC